UGAUUGGUGGCUUUCUUUCCAACAGGAAGUUGUGAAAAGAGUUUAAAAGCUGCUGCAGGACUGCAGACAUUCAGAGGAAGCUGGACCAGCAAUGGCUCUGCUGAAGGUUCUGCUGCUGCUGGGACUGGGUGUUUCAGUGAACUCAGAUGUUUCUCUGCAGAAGAGAAUCAUUGGAGGUUAUGACUGUCAUCACACGGAGCGUCUUUAUCAUGUUCGGCUGGAGAGCAAGAAUGGUACUCAUAUGAAGCGAUGUGGAGGAUCUCUGAUCCAUCCUCAGUGGAUCCUGACUGUAGCUCGCUGCUGGAAGUCACAGCCAGGAUGGACUAACAGAGCAAUGGUAAAAGUUCAUCCACGAACUGUUAUACAUUACAUUCAGGUAAUCCAACAAGCUCCUGUGAUUUAUACUGACAACAACCAGCACCAUGACAUCAUGUUGCUGAAGCUUCAGACACCAGUAACAGAUGUUCCACUUGCUCAGCUUCCAGACUGCAGUUAUCGUCUUCAAAAAGGCGAUGUUGUUCAGCUGGCAGGAGAGGGAGCAACAACAGCCGGCCCCAAUAAUGAGCGAUUACCUGCAGCUCCUAUUCCACCACAACUUCAGUGUGUCGACAUGAGAGUUAUUCAGUUUUCCGGCUUCAUCCCAACAUAUGGGCAUGUAUUCUAUGCUUCAGCAGCAAACAAGGAUAUAUGUCGUUGCGACACUGGUGGAGCAGUGGUGCACAGCACCAUGAUUUACGGUUUGAUAUCUGUUGGUCAACCUGAUUACGCAUGUCAGAGACCAACUGCAGCCCUGGAUCUGUGUGAAUAUCUGGGGUGGAUAAAGCAAACAACUGGGAUUCAAUAA